UUUAGGAAUUCUACUUCUUCAAAAAUGAAUCCGUCCAACGAUCACAACAACUGGAUAACCGUUGGAGAAGUAAUCAAUCUAAUUAGGAAACCUGUUGCUUUGUACACUGGCCAGAUCGUAAAAAAUUGGCAUGCUAAGCUGUGUUGUCUUUUAAAAGGGGGAUGCGCAAAUCCUAUAAUGUGCGAGAAAGAAACAGUCCAUAAAAAACUUUGCCACUCUUGCAACCAGUGGUACCAGGAACUUGCUAAAUGGCAUAAAAAACCAAAUAAACGACAGAUAAAAUGGCGUGAAAACUGCGACACAUCAAAGUGGCCUGUUGAUCCAUGGGAGGUAGCCAAGUUUUUUAUGCCUUUCCUUGGAGACAAUAAGGGAACCGUCAAAGACGCAGAUUCCACUGAUUUAUCAUCUCUUCUAAACGUCCUUGAGUGGAUGGAUGAUGUAAUUUUCUCUCCAGACAGGCGUGUGGAUCUCGAUCUUGUUAGAAAGCUUCGUUCAGUUAGAAACUCUUGGGCGCAUUCAUCACAUCAAGAGUUAACCGAUGCUGAUCUUAACAACGCUUUUGACACUGCCAAUAAGAUUCUUGCCGACCUUGCUAUUGUUUUCAGCUGUUACGAAGUCAAGAAGUGCAUAAAGGAUAUCAAGUUUGUACAAACUAACGGAAUAACCAAUGUCGUAAAAUCCGAAUUAGAUGCUGUAAAUUUAAUGCGCGAUGAGUUAGUUGCAGAUGUCAGCCAAUUAAAAGAAAAUCAAAUCUCCGACCGACAGAUCAUCAAGGAAAACGAGAAAAAGUUGGAGAAUCUCGAAAAACUCAUCAGCCAAUUACAAAUAUCGAAUGUUCAAGAAACUGAACGACGGGCGCAAAUAAAAAACUGCAUACCCGACAAACCUUGUACGUUCAUUGGGCGUGACGCCGAAGUAAAGGAAAUUAUUUCUUCCUUGACGGAGAACGGCUGUGGAAUUGUCUCCAUUGUUGGUGGCCCAGGGUUUGGCAAAAGCACCGUUGCAAUUCAAGUGUCCCAUCAUCUGAUCGAUAAUCAUGACAUCAUCGUCAUUUUCUCAUACCUGUCAAAUGUUUCAACUGUGCCUGAUGUUUUUCUACGUCUCUGUCAAGACGUUGGCGUUAAUCCUGGAGAAGAUUCUAAAUUAUCGUUUACGUUGUGGUUAAAGGAUAUUAAGGAGAGAGUCGUCCUUGUCAUGGAUAACAUCGAGCAACUGCUUGAAGAAGAAAUAAGAUCCGAAUUUACUGAGUUAGUGCUCACGCUCCGCAAGAAUUCACAACAACAGUUGCAGAUCCUAGCAACGACAAGGACCGCAUUCUCAAUUCCUAACCAACCCACCAAAAACAUUCAGAUAGGUGAGUUGGAUGAAAAAUCUAGUGUCGAACUUUUGAGAGGGUGCUGCCCUAAUACUGAAGUAAAAGAUAGUUACUUGUGUGACUUGGCUAACCUUUGUGGUUUUAUUCCUCUGGCUUUAUGUAUCACCGGAUCUAGAAUUCCACGUCUAGAUGAUCCAACUGAGUUGAUUGAAUGGUUAAUAGAGAAGCCUAUGAAAGCUUUACAGUCAACUGACAAAACGCAGUGCGUCCGAAAAGCCAUCGAGUUUUCUUUUCAAAUGUUGAGUAAUGAAGAAAAGAAAGCAUUCGCUCGUCUUUCUGUAUUCAAUGGAAAUUUCCAAAAGAAGUCUGCUCAAGAGGCAAUCGAGAGAGAUGGGUUGGAAACCCAAGAUUUCUUAGAGCAGCUCGUAGAUCGCAGUUUAAUACAGAGUAGCAGUGAUAACCGUUUCGUGAUUCAUUUGCUUAUUCGACGGUUUCUGGCCGAUCAUGACCAACUUCAACAUGAAAAGGCAAUAGCACAAGGAUUGAUGGUGAAACAUUUUCUAAACAUGUGCCAUUUGUUGACCAUGAAUUCUUACUCCAAAAAUGGAUUUACCGUUGCCAGAGAAUUACUGAAGAAAGACGCCCACAAUGUUGAAGAAACGUUCAAACUCUGCAGCGAAGAUCAACCAAAAAUCAUCGAGUCCUUGGAAAGUAGUGAUAUUUACAAGUCGUCAUCCAGAUUCUUUUACAACUUUGGCUGGGACCUUCUUCCACUAUUUGUUUUAAGGAAUUUCCAUGAAUCCUGUAUAAAGCUAGCGAAAGGUCGAAAGCAAUUAGCCAUUCAGAUCACAUUUCAGUGUCUAGUAGCAGAUCAAGAAGGUCGUAGAACUGCGUGGAAAUCUCCUGAAUACAUCUACAGGAUGGAGGCUAUAAAAGAAGCGUUUGACAAAAAUAAUGCGGUGCUGAAAGAAGAUAGGUCCUUAUAUAGCUAUUGUUACUAUUUUUAUGCCCGAUAUUAUUCUAUAAAAACGAAUGAACCAUAUCCUGAUCUUCAAGAUGACAUUACGCCUGUGCCUGAAAACAUGGAUCGAAGUACUAUCGAGAAAGUUGACGAGGCACUUGUUCUAAUCGAGCGUGGGUACUUGUGUAAGAGACGUGCAACUAAAAUAAGCUCAGAUAGAGUAAAAUACGAGGAACACAUGAAGAGUGCUGGAUUGUUUUGCAAUCAAGCUUUGUCAUCAGCCAAAGAGUUGUUGGGCGAACACGAAUUAACUUGCAUUUGUCACAAAGUGUUAGGAGACUUAUACUUUACCUGGCGGAAGAUUAAAAAGGCAUUAAAGUAUUAUUCUGAUGCCAUACAACUGCGGAAGAAACUGAAACUUGAUUCUAACGAGCCUUUCGUGUAUUUGCUCAAGAAUUAUGGAUCGUGCCUUUCUAUUCUUCGCCGCUUUGAAGCGUCAGUGGAAAAUUUAAACAAAGCACGUGACAUAGUUGAUAAGCUCGCUGAGAAGCACACACCUUAUAGAGCAAAAGUGUAUUAUGCGUUGGCAAAAACGUAUCGUGACUGGAAACGUCAUUGCCAAGAAUCCGUGAAAUACGCUAAAGUGGCAAUGGAGAUGCAAGUGUUGUUGGACCCACGCUCUGUAAAAGAAUUGGAAGAUAUUAUUAAAACGGCAGAAGAAUGCAUGGAGCGUUAAACGGACGUCAACCACGACGGACGUGGUCUUGCUAGCUCCUGAAAAUAUUAUAGUUUGCUAACCUAUUCAUAUCUCUAUAACAAAUUGAUCUUGCUGUAAAGGGGGCAUUUGUUAUCUGUUGAUCUGGCGAAUUAAAUUAAAGACUAAACGGUGCUAACAAUUAUUUAAGUUCGAGUAAAGUGGUUUUACCUACAAGAACUAUGCCUACCACAACUCGCAAUAUGGCGGCCGCUGAUAGUCCUGCCUCAGUAGAAUUUAUUACUCAAAUGGACAACUAUAUUCAAAGCUCGGAAAUUUAAAAAAAAAGUACUCGUGGAAGCCCUGAACUCUGCUCUACAAGAAACAUUAACACCGCUUUAUGUAGUGUUAAGUUUCAUCUCUGCGAAGCGAACUGCAUGAAGUCAAAGCUAAAGCAAACGUCAACGAACAGUAUUCAAGGCGUAACAACAUAAGAAUUUUUGGACUUGGGGAAGAAAAUAAUGAAAACUGCUACGAUUGUGUGAUGACUAAAUUUGGACGUUAAAAGAAACGAACUUGAUCGUGCCCAUGGCGUGGGUCGUGCUCGUAACAUGACUCAUUCUUCUAAUAACCCAGUUCAUCCUCGGCCUAUGAUUGUUAAAUUGACUGGUCAUCAAAGCAAAUUAAGGUGGCUAAUUACAGUUUUCAAAAAUUCAGGUGUUCAACACUUUGACAUGUCCAAAAUACGCAUUUUUAGGAUUUAUUUAGCAUAUAUUAGGUUUUUUACAUAUUUUGAUAUCUCUACUAUCAAAUUAUAUUAGUCUCAGUAACAGAUAGUUCGUUGCUAUGACGACAUACGUGUACGAAAUUCACUCCAAAAUGGCCUAUCGUCUCGUAUAAUUGGAAAAGAAGCAUCGUGACCCACAAUAUUUUUUGUGCAUUAUUUUACUUGGACGAAAAGCUAACAAUUAGCAAAAUAUAAAAAAUUCUGUAAUGCCAUUUUUUGGAAAAUGCGAAAAUGUCGUACUCUUCGGUGAAAUGUUUAAUUUUGGCAUCAUAGAAUUUUUUAUUUUUUGUAUAAUAAUAGUUUUUAGCGGUGCAAUAUUCAGUUAACGCGAUCUGCGCGUGAAAAUGGUCACCCAGUUUUGUUCGCAAUUCUUGAGCAGAGUUUUUGUGAUAAAUAUAUAGAGCCACCUUAAAGUUCAUCUUACCCGGGAAAACUGCGAGCUUCUGAAAUAUAUUAAAGCAAAUUCACUCAAAGACCUCGCUGUUUAUACCAUCGACGGUAUGAUUAUGGCGCGUGCACCAGGACAAGCCAGCAUGUAACAAAGAAGUCAGCAUGUAACAAAGUAAACUUUUUCUGGACUACUUUUACUUGGAACGAAGAUGUUUUAAGAAGUAACGUUUUACUUCGUUAUUUUCAUUUUGUGGCGAAGUAUUUCGUUACUUUCUCACAUCUGUUUAAUUUCACGUGAUUUAUUCCCGAUUUAUUUUAAUAUUGGGAUAGGUAAUAGGACCUCUACAUGCGUCUGGGACCUCUUGUUUGUGGCUUACUUAUAAGCAUGAUUUAUUUAAUGGAUUUCUUGUAUCUUCUACGGGGUCUAGAAUGCAGACCAUGCCGUGAAUCAUUGUAUGUUAUGGUGCACGCAUAUAUUGCGUGUCUCUUGUAUGUCAAUCCAUUGGAGUAGUCCCCCCCCCCGUCCCCCCCCCCCCCCCUACACGCUAUGGACAAUAGUACUUUUACUUUUACUUUAUACUUCAAGUAUUUUUAAUUAAAGGAUACUUUGUACUUUUUACUUAAGUACGUUUUGCCUCCAGUACUUUUUACUCUUACUCAAGUCGUUUUAUUGUUAAUUACUUCUACUUUUACUCGAGUACAAAUUCAAAGUAAUUUAGGCACCACUGAGCAGAAAAUAUCGUAAGAUGCGAAAUUAUAGCUGCCCAGCUCAAAGAAAAGGUGACAGUAUUAACCCAAAUCGACGAGGAAAUUUUAAACUUAUGCGAUGCGAGCGAAAUCGGAGUAGAGAUCGAAGAAUCAGCCGAAAUAUCGGACAGAAUAUCAGAAACGAAGCGAAAAAUCGACAAGCAAACAAAAGCCGCCAAAAAUCACGAUAAUAUUAAUACGAAUGUAAACGACGCGAAUUCGAACUUGAACUCGGCUACAGAAUAGGGAAAUACAACGAAUCUAAUCGAAAAUUCAACAAGCACAACGAAUACGACGGGGGGAAACGAAAUCGAAGAAAAUACGAGUCAUAAUUCAGUCAAUAGUCGGGCUUCCCCACAGCAAACAAUAACUACAAAUACGACAACAACGCCCGGGAAUUUUGUGUCAAGCUGCCAAAAACUCCCUAAAUUUGGAGGUCAAAUAACCGAAUGGAAUCAUUUUGGGAUCUAUACGACUCCGCAAUUCACAGCAAUCCGAGUAUCUCGAAAGUCGAAAGUAAACAAAUUUAACUAUUUACAGUCUUUGCUUGAAGGUAAUGCAGCGCGAGCGUUAAAAGGCCUUACGUUAACCGGGGCAAAUUAUGACGCUGCUGUUCAAAUAUUACAAGAACGAUUUGGGAAAACCCAACAGUCGAUAUCGGCCCACAUGGACGAAAUUUUAAAAAUUCAAGCUUGUACGAGCAAUCGAACAGGACAAGGUAUGUCUAUGAUAAAAUAAACAUUCACGUACGAGGUUUAGCGACUCUGGGGGUUUCCUCAGAGCAAUACGGAAGUAUGCUUAUUCCGAAAAACGAUUUUAAGAAAUUCGAAGCAUUGUUUAAAUUGUCUUCGCAAGGGACACCUAGCGAAUGUCGAUGCGAAAAAAUGCCGAUACUGCUCAGGGAAACACCAUCAAUCAAUAUGUCCUAAUAACUCGAACUCGAAAAAUGAUCAAAAAUAAGUGGAGGACAAAAACGCGAGCGAAACAAACAAGGACGGUGAAACAAGGACAUUAACUCGAGUAUGUAAGAGGAGCGUCUUGCUGCAAACUGCGAGAGCCGUUGCGACUAAUGGUUCUAGGUCAAAGCCCGCAUUUUAUUCGACACUGGUAGUCAGCGGUCGUACGUUACUAAUGAUCUUGCUAAGCAACUAAAGCUAACACCACUGAAACGAGAGACAUUGCAUUUAAACACAUUUGGAAACAGCCAAACAAAACGUGAAAAUUGUGAGCUUUUCAAGUUCAAUAUUCGAAGUACGAGGGGAAAUGAGAGCGUUGAGCUUAGAGCAAUUAGCUUUCCGACCAUUUGUUCGCCUGUCAGUUCUGUGAUAAAUGUCAAUAAUUACCCACAUCAUCAGGAGCUAGAGCUUGCAGAUUUCGAUGCAAACGGAACAUGCAAUGAUAACAUUGACAUACUAGUCGGUGCCGAUUUCUAUUGGAGCAUAGUUACUGGAGACGUUGUUCGAGGAGAUAAUAGCCCGACAGCUAUUAGUAGUAAACUAGGGUGGCUUUUGUCUGGACCUUCAACGCAGAAUUCUACCUACGAGUCUACAACGAGCAACCUUAUCUUAGCUGGAGACUGUAUCGACAACUCCCACGCGCAAACCGACAGCAAUGGUGACUUAACAGCCGCGCUUUCACGUUUCUGGGAAACCGAAAGUAUCGGAAUUAAGUCGAUUGAGGAAGGAGGUAACCAGGACGGAAGCAAUUUCUCGAAAGAUAUACGAUUCACAGGAGAACGUUACGAGGUUGGACUGCCAUGGAUUGAAGAUCGACCGGAAAUUGGAAAUGAUUUUGAUCUCUGUUACAAUCGUUUAAAGUUGUUUCACAGAAAAUUAAAGAAACGGCCAUAGCUACUGUCAGAGUAUAACAAGUGCAUCGAAGAUCAAAUCCAAGCAGGUAUCGUGGAAAAGGUCCCGGCCGCAGAAGACAACAAGAAUCAAGAAGAUGUGCAUUAUCUUCCGCAUCAUGGAGUUAUCCGAAAUGACAAAGUCACGACCAAGUUACGAGUAGUCUAUGACGGUUCGGCAACGACAGCUGAUCGAGAACAUUCGCUUAAUGACUGUCUGUCGACCGGACCUAAUUAUAUUCCUCAGAUUUUUGAAAUGCUUGUAAAAUUCAGAGCUGAUCGUGUUGGAUUGGUAGCAGAUAUCGAUAAAGCUUUUCUAAUGGUAGGGGUCAGCAACAAAGAUCGCGAUAUGCUACGUUUUUUGUGGUUCAAGAACAUUGAAUAUCAUGACGCUGAACUAGUUCAAUUACGAUUUUGCCGAUUAGUGUUUGGUUUGAGGCCGUCCCCAGCUAUUCUAGGGGCGACUAUUAAUCAUCAUCUAGACACUUUGCAAGAGAACAAUCCAGAAAUGGCAGAACAUUUACGAGAAUCCCUGUAUGUUGAUGAUCUGGUGUCCGGUGUGCAGAAUGAUGAAAAGGCAUUCCAAAUUUACGAAGAGUCCAAAGAAAUAAUGUCAACCGGAGGAUUCAACUUGCGAAAGUGGCAUUCAAAUUCGAGUAGUUUGAUGAAUUCUAUCAAUGCCGUAGAGGAUAAGGUCGUUUCAAGCUCUCCAGACAACCAACCUGGCGUUAUCGAGGAAGAUUUAUCGUAUGCGAAAGAAUUGAUAGCACAAGAAUCUGCACCAGCAAAUAAAACACAAAUUAAAGUUCUGGGGAAAAUUUGGAACACUGAUACGGAUAUGUUGUUAUUCAAUUUCGAGGAAUUAAUCGAGUACGCUAAAUCGUUACCAAUGGCAAAACGUUCGUUUCUAAAGUGGUCCUCGAAGAUUUUCGAUCCAUUAGGUUUCUUAACGCCGUUCACAAUUAAGUUGGAAAUGCUAUUUCAAGAACUGUGUUUAGCUAAGACAAGCAUCUGAUCCCGAUAGAAGUGCGCCAGACGAUCAGAAAGUAGCAGAGCAAGGAGAAGAUAAGCAAAUACCACCUCAAUCAACACGGCCUCAAAGAGAUGCUGCCAUAACUGGACAACUUAGGCGGCUGAAACAAUCAGGCGUUUUGUAAAUAAAGAACAAGUAUGACAAUGACACUGAUAAGUUAUUCAUACUAAAUAGGGAUUAGUUGACAACAUAUUUGUCAACCCUGGGGAGUGUGAGAAACAUUUGAUAUUAAGGGAAAAUGACGUCAUAUGUCUUCACCGGAAGUGAAACAUGUUUGAUUGACAGUUUAAGAGUUUUGUAUAAAGCAUGCGUUUUAUGUACAAUGUAAAUAACAUAGGUUGAAGUUUAAUACAAAUCAUAGCAAACGAGCACGAAGUUUACGAAAGUUUAUAAUACACUUGAUUGAAUUUUCAGCAGAAGAUAUGCUGGCCAUGGGGAUUUACAAGAAAGACGACCUGGCUACGUUUAAACUACAUAAGAUUACCCCAGGAGCGGAUGAUUAAACUAAACGAUGAGUUUGAGUAUUAUUUUCUUUGUUCUGUGUGUUAAUCGUAUUUUGCUGUGUGUUUAUUCUAUGUUAUGUACUCUUAAAUUUUAUUGGCAGCUUUGUGUUAACAAAAUAAUUCACGUGCAGCGGAUAGCGAAUGACUUUAUUAAAACAUAUAAUCGGCGCUAUUUAUCUCGGCGUUAAUUUAGCUAUUUACCUCGUGUAAACUAGCGUUAGCUAACAGAGGUUCUUUUUUAAAUACAUACAAAUACAAAUACAAUACAAAUCUAUCGAGCAGCUAUCGGUACGUUUAAUAACAAAGCUUGUUUUGAUUUGGAUUACUUCCGAGUUGCAUCUUUUGGUAUUACAAUCUAGUAUUAAGUUUAUCUAUUCUAUUGCUUUUAUCUGGUUCUGUCC